UAGCCGGUAAGUAGGUUAUCAAAACAUAGUGUUACAUUCUUAAACAUCAUAACAAGUAGAUUGUGUGACAGAAGGGAAAUCCCGCGUAGUUUGGUAUGUAAAAAAUUGGCCCAGUUUCUGAGAAGUACUUGAAAUCAUGUGAUAUCGCCGGCUGUUCAUAUCUGAGUUAUAUUUGUGGUUCUAUAUUUUCACGAGUGUAGUUUUUUACGGUACGUAUGGGUUGUUGUUUAAGUGGCGACCAAGAAACUGAUCGCAACGGAUCUCGAGGUGAAGAUCAUCCACUUCUUCAUGCUCCACAAAAGGAAUUUCGUCAUGAACGAUCUGAGGAGGAUUUUAAUAAACACAAAAAGAUGAAGAAUAUACUACAAUGUCUUUGCAGAUCCCUGUGUCUGUACAACCCCUCUGGUUGGGGUUUGAUUUUCAGUUUUAUCUUGGCUUUGAUAUGCAUUUUUCAGCUUGUCUAUGAUCUGUUCGUGGUGAGCGGUUGCCCGGGAUUCGACUGUGGAUUUCUUGUGAAGACAAUUGAAGCCAAACCCAACGCCAGUGCACCCCAUAGAUCGUCAUUUCGUAAGACUUCUAACACGGUGUACACUUUAGCAUCAGUUGGUGGAUUGUUCUCAUAUACAUUGCUAUUGCUAUCAUUGAUGCUUAUUCUGAACCGAAGGCGGAAGUACGCUAACAAAGCGAUUGGUCCAUCGGACGCGCUGUAUGAAGAUUUAACCAACACACAAAUCAAGAUAAUAUUCACGUCCCAAGUUAUUCUGACAUUUCUCUUUGUGUCAGCAGUGGUUUUGUUUGGUAUUCUUGUUCGAGACCAGCCAAGGGACGGAUGGUACUUCUAUUUGAUGAUCACUGGAGUUGCAGCUCAGUUUAUAGCUCAAUGGGCAGCCAUUGUUGGAUGCCACGUUUUUGCAAUUUCUUCCCUUUCAUUGGGUAAGUUGUUUUUAUUGUCAAGUCAAAAAUAUGCACUAAGCGAACUUGAGAAUUAG